ACAUCUCCCACUUCUGCAAUUCAACCACAUCCCAUGCUCUCCCUCCUCCGCCACAGCCGUUCAGGCCUUGUUCCUCGUCGCCUGUUCUCAACAACCUCCAGAAUGGCUUCCAAUACUCCCGUCGAGGAUACCAUCCGUGAGAAAAUCACCACUGCUUUCUCCCCCUCCAACCUUAUAAUCCGGAAUGAUUCCCAUCUUCAUGCACACCAUGCGCCGAUGCGUGGGUCAACCUCGAGGGAAACCCAUUUUCACGUAACCAUUACUUCGGAAUCGUUCAAGUCGAAGAUGCAGCCGGCCCGUCACCGCAUGGUUUACGCUUUGUUGAAGGAGGAGAUGGACCGAGAAGGAGGAAUUCAUGCGCUGCAGUUGCGGACUCGGACGCCGGAGGAGGAACAGAGGGAGAAGGAAAGGCGGGCCCAGGCAUAAGACAUGACAUGGUGAAAUCGCGAGCGAUGUUACUGCGUAUUUAUGAAUACUAUUAUGCGAUACCCGAUAAUGCGGCUGCACCGGUCCGGUGUUGAAUCUCUAGCAGAAAUUCCACACGGAUGCACUCUGGAAAAGCGUGUGGGCCACUCCUAUAGUAGA